AUGGUGGGCGACACACCUACUGCGCAGAAUCUCAACACUCUUUGUAUGGAUACAUCAAAACAAAAAAAACCUGAUCGGCUCCUCAAAACGAGUCGCACCGAGAGACAGACACUGAGCAUCACUGACCUAUCGCCAGAACCCUGGUUCCCCAAGUUCUUGAUUAUUCAGGCAAGUGACGAAAACACCUCACUGGCAAAAGUAUCACCAUUUCUCGUGGCCAAAGUUCUUGAACAGGUCAUAGGCAAAUCCUAUCAAGCAAGAAAGCUGAACUCUGGUUCCAUCCAAGUAGAAGUACAUACAAAGCAGCAAAGCAUAGCACUUCAGGCACUGAAAGAGAUAGGGGACACACUUGUAUCAGUCAGUACACAUCGUACACUGAACAUUGUAAAGGGCGUAAUUUCAGAGGAUGAACUGCUUUCCUGUUCUGAAUCUGAAAUUGAAGACGGUAUGAACGAACAAGGAGUUGUCACAGCAAAACGAAUAUUCAUCCGCAGAGACGGCAAAGAGAUCCCGACUAAACAUAUCAUACUAUCAUUCAAACUUCACUCACUGCCCUCAAGUAUCAACGCCGGCUACCUUAAUUGUAAUGUAAGAGCAUACGUCCCAAACCCAAGGCGCUGCUUUAAGUGUCAGCGCUUUGGGCACAGUUCACAAGUCUGCCGUGGCCAUCCUGUUUGCCCAAAGUGUGCAGGGAAGGACCAUACACCAGAAACCUGUAACAACGAAUUCCAUUGUGCAAACUGUGAGGGAAACCAUCCGGUGUACUCAAGAUCAUGUCCCCGUUGGAAAGACGAGAAGCAGAUAAUUCGAAUCAAGACCGAACAGAAUCUCACAUACAAAGCUGCAAAGGCACAACUUGACUUUGCAAAGAAGGGUAGUUUUUCCGACGUGGUGCGCAGGGGGGUGGCACCACCGAGGAGGUCUGUGGAGACUCAGACCUGUUUUCAGGAAACUGAGACUCCACUCCACACCCCCCAGCAGGAUGUGGGAGACACACAAGUGCCUCCCACGUUGCCAGUGGCCAAUCAAGAGACUGGCCACAACAAAGGAGCCACGACCUCGUCCAAGGUCGAUGGCGCACAGUCUGUCUGGGACGGGAACGUAAAGGUCCCUUCCCAAAUAUCUCAUAGUAUGGACGUCGAUGAGGAUGACUGCAUGUCGCAGAAGUCUUCAUCGAGUGUAUCCAACUUGCCUGGGAAAGAAAAAAGAGAGAGAAGAGAUAAAGGGAGAGGUAGGGGCUCAAAGCCUAACGCCCCUCCCAAUGAGCAGCGAAGGCCUGUCCCCCAAAGGGUGCUGCCACCUUAA